AUGGCACUCUUAAACCCUUAUUUGCUUGGGGCUGGGCUUCUUCUGGCCAUUCUAUCUUACGUAUGGUCGAGUUUGACGACUCCUUUACGAGAUGUUCCUGGUCCUAUCUCUUCAUUAUUCACAUCUUGGAUUCUGAAAUGGCAUGAAUUCCACGCCAACCGGACCAGAUAUGUUCACCAGCUCCAUGAGUCAUACGGCCCAGUGGUUCGAAUAGCACCGAAUGAAGUCUCAUUUGUGUCGACGGAGGGAGUGAAAGAGAUCUACCAGUCUGGAGGCAGUGGAUAUGAUAAGACCGAAUUUUAUAACUUGUUCCAAGUAUAUGGUAGAAGAACUAUGUUCAGCACACUGAACAAGAGCGACCACGCGAAGAGAAAAAGGGUGCUCGCCGAUCGAUACGCAAACACAAAUAUCAUGCGGUCGGUCUCCAUGGACGGAAUAAAGGAGAGGUCGGGACGAUUUAUCGACCACUGCACCGCAUCUGUUGGCGGUAGUCUGGAUAUUUUUGUAACUCUGCACAAUUAUGCAUUUGACUGUAUCAGCCAUCAUCUAUUCCAUCCUUACGGUUCAGAUGCGCUUCGAAAACAGCAAGACGAAGAGAUCAUGAAAGAAGUAGCUUUCGAUGACAGCCUGCAAAAUCGCCUAAUCAAGUACUACAAUCCUGCAUUAUACAGCUUGAUAGGAGGGAUACUAGGGGUCUUCGCAAAGCCUAGAGAAACGCCCGGGGCUGAUCAUCUUGUUCUCAGCGCCAGCUCAAAAACUGAUCCGGAACCUUUUACCUUGGUCAGUCGCAUGCAGGAAAAGGCCCAUGGAAUGGACCACCUUGACAUGGCAGCAGAGUGUCUGGAUCAUAUGGCUGCCGGCAUUGAUACGACAGGCGACGCAUUAUGUUUUCUUAUGUGGGAGAUCUCGCAGCCGAGAUCAAUUGACGUUCAAAAACGUUUACAGCAAGAGAUAAAGAUGAGUCAGAACUUAACAUCUGAUAAGCUUACGUACUUGGAUGCAGUCGUCCUUGAAGGCCUGAGAUGCACCCCUGCAAUUCCCAUGUCGUUGCCUCGUUAUGUCCCGAAAGGGGGACGUACUAUUGAUGGAUAUUUCGUCCCGGAGAGAACGAUUGUCAGCAGCCAGGCGUACUCGGCGCAUCGCAUUGACCAGAAGGUUUUUCCAGAACCGGACCUUUUCAAUCCUAAUAGGUGGCUGGAGCAAUCUGGAGAUGCCGAACGAAAACGGUUGUUUUUUGCGUUCGCUAGCGGAGGCCGUGGUUGUGUUGGAAAGCAUUUGGCACUUGCCGAGAUGAAGACAUUACUGGUUGACGUCUAUUCUCGAUUCACGACACUCCCCGACCCAUCCAUGACUCAAGACAUGAUGGAAAUGUCAGAUCAGCUCAUUUCGUCCCAACCAUUGGGUAAGAAAUGCUUGAUACGAUUUCUGCCGUUGGAAAAGAACGGGAAGGAAUAA